AUGUUAUACACUCAUAUCUUAGGUAUUUUAUUGUGCGUUGCGGGGUCGUAUGCACUCUACGAUUCCUCCUCGGACGUAAUUUUGCUUGACCCCAGCAAUUUCGACACAUUGGUGCUAAAAUCGAAUGAAAUUUGGAUUGUGGAAUUCUUCGCACCGUGGUGCGGUCAUUGUAAAAAUCUUGUUCCUGAAUAUAAAAAGGCUGCCACCGCACUUAAGGGUAUAGCUAAAGUAGGAGCUGUGGAUGCUAACACACACAAGAGUCUUGGGCAAACUUAUGGAGUCAGUGGGUUCCCAACCAUCAAGCUAUUUAAUGGCAAGAAACAUAGUCCAUUCCAAGGUCAAAGAACUGCCGAGAAAUUUGUUGAUGCUGCCCUUCAAUUGGCUAAAGAGAAGGCAUACGAGGCUCUUGGAAAGAAACCCAAAAGUUCAUCAGAUCAGUCUGAUGUCAUUACUCUCACAGACAGCAACUUCAAGGAAUUGGUUCUUGACAGCGAAGAUCUGUGGUUGGUUGAGUUCUACGCGCCAUGGUGUGGACACUGCAAAAAUUUGGAACCUCAUUGGGCCAAGGCCGCCACUGAACUUAAAGGAAAGAUUAAAUUGGGAGCUUUGGACGCGACAGUGCACCAGGUGAUGGCAUCUCGCUACGAAGUGCAGGGCUACCCUACCAUCAAGUUUUUCGCGGCGGGUAAGAAGAGUAGCAGCUCUGUUGAAGACUACAAUGGGGGCAGGACUUCUAGUGAUAUUGUUGCCUGGGCUCUUGAAAAACUCGCUGAGAAUGUACCAGCACCAGAAAUUGUCCAGGUUGUAAACGAAGAGACUAUGAAGGCGUGCAGCGAGAAGCCGCUAUGCGUGGUGUCCAUUCUCCCUCACAUCCUGGACUGCGGCGCGUCCUGCCGCAACGAGUACCUCACAAUCCUUGCCAGGCUCGGCGAGAAGUACAAGAACAAGAUGUGGGGAUGGGUGUGGGCGGAAGCCGGUGCCCAGACCGCGCUGGAGGAGGCGCUGGAGCUCGGCGGCUUUGGCUACCCGGCCAUGGCGGUCGUCAACGCUAAGAAGCUUAAAUUCUCCACUCUUAGAGGGUCCUUCUCUGAGACUGGCAUCAAUGAGUUCCUCAGGGACUUGUCGUUCGGUCGCGGGCAGACGGCUCCUGUGCGCGGCGCGGAGAUGCCCGCCGUCGUGGCUGGAGACGCGUGGGACGGACUCGACGGAGAACUGCCGCCUGAAGAAGACAUCGACCUGUCUGACGUCGACCUCGAGAAGGACGAGUUAUAA